CGCGGGCUUUUUGGUGUCAAAUACUGUCAAUGUCACUUCAAAACAAAGUUGAAACUUGUGUGUUCAAUUCAAAUAGUUGUUUUUUUUACUUUAAAACCAACAUAGCCAUGAUUUAACAACAAUUUUGGUGAAAAGUUUAGUGUUUGUGAGUGCUGUGAGCUGUUUAAACCAUGACUUCACUUCUAUCUGCUGAACUUUCUGCUACAUGCAAUGCGUUGGGAACUUACGAUAAGAAGAAUGGCAAAUACUUAAUAGACGACUUUACUCUUAACACGGUCAAGGAUUUGAUAAGAUAUCUGAGGCGUGAUGGGGAAGAUCAUGAAAUCCGUCGGCAUUUCGGACAAACUAAAGUGUUGCAAACCGACCUACUACCCAUGUUAGUAGACCACUGGGAGAAUGCUGAAUUAUUUGAUGUUACGCUCAGAUUACUAGUAAACCUUACAAAUCCAGCAUUACUGCUGUAUCGGGAGGAAGUACCAACAGAAAGGACUGCCAGACACAACUAUCUCCAGAUAUUGAGUCAUUUACAAGCUUAUAAAGAGGAAGCAUUCACUAAAGUUGAGACAUGGAGUAUCUUUGCAAAGAAAUUAGGAAAGAUUUUAGAAAUUGAUUGGACUGAAAGGGAUGAAGAUACAGGAUUAAUAAUAGAAAGAAUAUUGAUUCUAAUAAGAAAUGUACUGCAUGUGCCCGCUGACUUAGACAAGGAGAGACGCCCGGAGAAUGAUGCUAGUGUGCAUGACCAGGUAUUAUGGGGCCUAAAUCAAUCAGGAAUCUUAGACAUAAUCCUGUACAUGUCUUCGGAAAACGAAAAGCAGUAUUUCAUGCACAUUCUUGAGAUAAUAUCUCACUUGCUGCGAGAGCAGAAUCCAAGUAGUCUAGCUGAUGCCGCAUUACAGAGGAGUGUUGACGAAAAACUCAGAGAUGAUCAAGAACUGCUGACUAUAAGAAUGUCAGAGAAUAAACAAAGGAUUCAUAAAAUUAAACAGUUUUCAGGAACAAGACAUUCUCGUUUCGGCGGCACAUACGUGGUACAAAACAUGAAGUCCUUGUCAGACAAUGAGAUGAUUUGCUUGAAACCUUUAAAUAAAAUAUCGAACUUGGAUUUUACUGGAGGCAAGAAGUCUAAGCUAGUCAAACCAAAAAAUCGAAGACCUGUGGAGAGUGGAUCAUUAGAAAGGCGAUCAGCAUUUGCUAUAAGGUUAUUUCUCAAGGAAUUCUGCAUAGAGUUUAUAAACAGCUCUUACAACCCACUUAUGCAUUACGUAAAAGACGUUCUAGUUAGAGCAAAGGCUCAGCAAAAUGAUGAGUCAUAUUAUUUAUGGGCGGUAAAGUUUUUUAUGGAAUUCAAUCGAGGCCACAAUUUUCAGGUUGGCUUAGUAAGCGAGACGAUGUCAGUCCCUAUGUUCCAUUACGUACAGCAGCAAAUGGAAAAAUACUAUGACAUGAUAAAAGUUGAAAAGAAAAAGUAUACAUCGUGGGUAAGGAGGCUACACUUAGCCUUAAGAGCUUAUAAAGAGUUGCUCAACACCCUUCUAGCAAUGGACAAAAGCUCGGAUCCGACCGUUAAGGAAUCAGCGAAAGUUUUAAAGAGCAAUAUUUUCUACGUAUUGGAAUACAGGGAAUUUAUCCUCUCUACCGUUCUAAAUUACGAUGAAAACAAAAUGCCGAGAUCGUACUUAGUGGACUUAAUGGAAACAGUUCAUUUGUUUCUGAAAAUGUUGGAACAUUUCUGUAAGAAAACUGGGCUCGUUGUACAAAAGAAAGUCAGGAAGAAGAAAUCAAAGCCUAAAAAACCAAAACCUGUCCAAAAGCCGAAGGCCGUGCCUACUGCAGCGUGGGAGGAAGUGCGGGCGCAGCUGGCGGUAGUGCUGACAUCCAACGACCACGAACACGCUCCGCCAUUCGACGCCGCCUCUGACGUGCCUAUAGACCAACAAAAAGAAAUCUGUAUGAAGAAUAUUCAAAAAUCGCUGAGGGGAUACAAAUUCGAAAAUGCUGUCGGAAUGUUUAGAGCUGCAAGAGAAGUGUGGCCUGAAGAAGGUAUAUUUGGAACUGAAGGCAUCACGGAAGAUGAGGAACUUACAAUGCUUGAGACAGUCUAUAACGCCGAUCUAGGAGUAGAAGAAUCAGAAAACACACAGGAUGUUGAGGAAACGCAAGAGAAUUCUGAAUAUGAUGAUGAAGAGGAAGAAGAAGAACGACAAAACACAGCCGUUGUAGAAACCGACUUCGAUUUCCAAGACUUCGUAAUAAGGUUCUGCAACCCACGUGUAGUAAGCGCUUGCGUGUCACUUCUAGAGCAAUUCGAAAAGAACUUACCUCACACGAACCACAGCAUCAUCAAGAUGCUGCACAGGAUAGCCUGGGACUGUAAGAGGCCCUCCAUGAUGUUCCAAGCUUCACUGUUCGUCAUAUUUCAAAGGAUACUUGACAAUCGACUGCCACAAUUCAAGGAAUUGGAAAAGUUCGCUAUAUUCAUAUUACGGAAGUUCACUGAAAUCGCUUCGAAAAACACUAAAGUAUUUAUAGAGCUUCUGUUUUGGAAAAACGCUAAGGAUUCACUGGAUAUCGAAUAUGGAUAUGACCUGUACACAGAUCAAAGAGACAAACCUGAAAGAGGAACAUGGAGUGAAGAACAAGAGGAAGAACUGAGAAGGUUGUAUAUGGAAAACCAAACAAACCCAGAAAGUGAACAAGAUGUAAUCGACUGGAUCUUGGAGAACUUGAUAGACCAGACUCGGACUAGACGCGGUGUUAUAAAGAAAUUGAAGGAGUUAGGUCUUAUUUUCCGCGCGCCUACGAAGAAAAGUCAUCGGGAGGCGGCUAAAGAGAAGGCUCCGAAAGUGUUCAGUGAAGAGGAAGACCAACUGCUUAAAGAUCUGUGGGAAGAAUUCAAGGAUGCUCCAGAUCCAAUGGGCGUAAUAAUACCUCGGAUGCCUCGCAAGCGUCAGAAGCGUAGCUACGUCGACAGAUUACUGGAGUUAGGUAUGAUUCAGGACAAAGGAGAAUGUCGCAAAAAGAGAACGAAGAAAUCUAAUGCUAAAAGCAACGGCGCAGAUGACGAUAAAUCGAACAGUUCUUCAUCGGGAUCUGACGAUUCGGAUUCCGACAAUACUCCAGCUGUUAAGAAACCAGCAAAGAAUAGCAAGAGCAGUAAACCUACUAAUAAGAAAGCAUCAAAGCCAAAGCGUGUCGAACUGACUGCUAAUGAGAUCGCUCGGCUCAUGGUGCAAGCUGUCGAUAAUGAUCUAACUGAAGCUCUGAAAUGGUUGGCUGAGAACCUAGAAGAGGUCGCUUUGGACCAAGAAGCGGAGGGUUAUGAUCCGGAGUCAGAGGGGACCCCUCUAGUGCCGAUAUCACAGGAGGCAGUCGACGCUAUGGCCAAUGAGAUGUUCAAGAAACUGCUUUUGGGAGUCGGUGUGGUGCCACCUAGUGACGAACAGGAAACAUAUUGGAGGAUCCCAAGCUCCCUACACUUCGAGACGAUUAGGAAACGACGCGAAAUAAUUAUUAAAGCAAUAAACAAAGAACUUAUUAUAGACACUAGCGAAACAACUGAAGCGAACACUGAAAUAGCGGCGAGAGCCGACGAAUCGAGCGAUGAUGAUGAUUUGUUCGACAACUUAAGGAAAAUGCGAGAAAAUAACGCCGAAAAUGUUAUCAAUAAAAGUAGUGGUACAGAACCCAAUAAUGAAAUAACACGCAAUCGGAAACGUAUCCGCAGUGAUUCGGAAUCAGAGAAUAGUGGGAGGAAAAUGCAGAAAAUUGACGAAGGUGAUGAAAACAGUGAUGAUGAUAUAUUGUCGUUUGCUAAGAAGACCUUGCAACAGGAGUUGCCGGAUUCUGAAGAUAUAAUGAUCAAUAUACCGACUAUGAACACUGAUGACAGCGACGCUGAGGACAAUGACGGAAUAGUCGUGUCAAAAGGCAAUAAGAAGAAACGCCGAAUAGUGAUCGACGAUGAUUCUGAUUGAUAAGUCUAUUGUUUUAUGUAUUUUGUAUAAUAAGUUGAUCUUAAUUAUAAACCAUGUGUAAUUUAAA